AUGGGAUUAUUACAGCUAUUUGUGCUUCUUGGCGUCUUCUGCUCCGCUUCAGUUUUAGGGUUUGGGGUGGACCCAGCUCUCCGGAUCAGCCUGUUCGACGAGCUCUCUCUGGGACAGGGUUUGGAUGGAGUUACCCAAGUCCAAGGCUUCCACAGCGAGUCCAGAGCCUUCCACUUCCAAGGUAAAACUACAGACGGGUAA